AGAUCUAUUAUUACUGCUGCUAUAAAUAGCAAGCGCUCCACCUCUGCACUUAACAGGAGGAGGCGCACACUACUGAGUACUCGCAUGUCCAGUGUUUGAUCCAAAUGCCUCUUGCUCUCACACGAGCAACAAAACCAUACCCAGAUCACACGUAUACAUACACUCACACACCACCAUGGUGAAGUGUCUGAUCCGGAUCAAGACAAAAGUCAACGUUCACCUGCGGAUGAUUAAUCAUUGUUACCGAGAUGUAAAGGUUCGGGUGCUGACGUUGGGCCCUAGACUUCUGGGUAAUGUUUUGGGUGCUAUGCCCAUCAUACCCUCUCUACCAGAGUCCAGUAGCUCCUCAGGGAUCAGCAUUUCUCCAUAUGGACGAAGCCAAAGAGUCACAGAUUCGUCACAUGUAAGCAGUCAGUCCUCGCCUGUACACUCCAUCUCUAGUAGCACUUCUUUACUGAGUACAUACAGUGGUCCAGAGGGUAAACAUGGGCAAUCACAAUUCACAGAAGAAUCCCACAAGUGCUCCAAUGAUGUGUUAUUCACACCAGAAUUCAAUAGCACACAUGACCAAGAUGUGAGGAAUCUGGAAUCAGUCCCUGAGAAAGAAGAUUCACUCACCUGCAGUGGAGACCAUAAACCUAUAGGAAAACUGGGAAAACUCACUGGGGGCACAGAGACACAGCAAGCUGUGGAGAUGAUGGGCACGUUGGCAUGGCUUGUCUUAGUGACGCUUACUUUGCUCUUCGCCCUUCUCCUGCUUCUCAUCGUUCUAACAGAAUCACUUGACGUGCCUUUUCUGAGAGACAUCCGCGAGACACCGGAAUUCCAGCGACUCCACUACACCUACUUUUGUCCGCUGAGACGCUGGCUAACCUGCACACUGAGGUGGAUGGGGGUCCAACUCAUAAAGGAAUGAUGGGAUAUAAUGAGCCUCUCUAUAUAUUGUUGGAUGCCCUGAUAUCUUUGUUUUUUGUUUCAUUUUUAUUCAUUUCUGUUCCUUUUAUUCACUUUUCGCUGGUUGUGUAUUUAUCUAUUUUUUCUUUUGGCUGCCGAGAUGAAACUAUCCACCGAGCUUUGUUUAUUGUAGCUAAAAUCUUCCAGAUGGGUUUCCAUUGAUCAUCAUCAUGAGAUCAAUGAGAAUGAGAUCAAUUGUGAGAAAACUAAUAAUGGAACAAAAGAAGACCUUUUCCUGUUUAAUUUAAAAAAGGACAAUUGUGAGGAGAUUUUCCAGAUGCCAUUGUAUGUCGUAAUGUACUGAAGGGAAGCAAAGAAAGGAUUCAAGAACAAGGCUCAAUGUAAAGAAGGGUUCAAAUUUGAAUAAAAACCAAAUUAAGAUGUACAAGGAAGCAUACAGCUUAAUUUUGAUAUGGAAAUAGAACGAAAAAGAGGGAAAUGAGUGUUUUUCGUAUGAUGUGUAAAGUCGUACAGGCAGUGAUAUUUAUGAUUAUUGGUUGAUUUCUGAGCAUCCAAUAUUCUAACAGUGGUGAUGAUCAGCGGAGUUUGAGUUAUACCUAUAUGGAGAUUAACAACACAGGAUUUUACGCUGAAGAGGCAUCUUAUUAGGCAUGGCGAUAGUUCAGACACAGAGAAUAUGCUAUAGUCACUAACAGGAAGAUGGCUCUUGAGAUUUAAGUUGAUCUGUACUGUAAAAAUUUGAUCUUAUCAAAUAUAUCCAAAGAUACUAAAGAAAGCAAAAAACAAUGCCAUCUUUCACUAAAAGUCACUUGUCAAAAUUUAAUUAAAAAGUCUGUUAGAUUCUUAAAUUUGGACACUAUUGUGAGUAAUCAGUAGCUAUGAAAGAAGUCUUCUAUAUUAAUACAUAUACUGCAGAUCAGUAAAGUCCAGUUCUGUAUGUCAUCAUGAUGACAUGAUAUGUCAUCACAUACAGAACUGGACUUUUCUGUCAUUUUGGCUUACAGGAUGGUUACAGAACUUUGUGCUGUAAAAUUGUAAAAUGAAGUGACAUUCAUUUUGUAUGUAGAAAGGUACAUGUGUUACAGAGUUUAACGACAUGACCUACUUGAGUGAUGCCAGCAGAAACACUCCCUGUAAAGGGGAUGCAAAAAUCCUAGGAACGGAAAAUUCUGGGUUAAUGUAAACAAAGUCUGGAAAGUAUUUCCCUAAACAACGUCAAAGCCUAGACAGAAUUGGUCUGCUAACACCUCAAUAGCAACAAAAAAAGAAAACAUCUGAGUAGAAGUGUCCCAAAUCUCCAUGAAUGUGCAUCUAUGUGGUAUAUUCACCAAACAAAUUAGUCGAGCAACAUAGGCAAUACAUGUAGGUAUAGGAACGGUGUGUAUAAUUAAAAAGCCCUAAAACUAAUUGUAGAAUAAAAAUCAGUUCACUGUUGUUUUGUUUUCUGUGUUUCCUUUUUUAACAAUUUGGCAAAAAUGUGCAAUACUCAGACAAGAUCUCGAAUAGAUCCAAGCAUGAUGGCAUUUCUUUUGAAGGUUAAGGAGCAGCCGCUUGUCAUUCAUAAGAAAUGCUUAUACAAAGAAACUGAUGUAGAAUUGAGGAAAAAGAGUUGAGUUUCCAUAAACCUAGGCUAAAGUCAUAUCUUCACACAUGUUACCAUACGUGUCUCGUGUUAAGUCACUUCAUUUCCAUAAGAGGUCAUAAUUGGUUCAAAUGCUCGGUGUAAUUCACAUAAUCCAGCCAAAUUUGGGCUUCAUCAAAGGAAAACAAAUGUCUUUUAUUUGGCCAACAAAUUCCUUAAACUUAGAUGAAAACGAACUUUAAUUUUAUAAUACCCCAGCAGUACAAAAAGAACCCUUCUUAUACAAAAUAAAAGCCUGAUACCAGCAUUUAUGGCAAUAUAUGGCAAAGAUUUUUUGGUAGACAAUUUCUGAGUAUUGUGUAUAACAAAUUAAUUAAGAAAUAGAAUAUGUUGAAUGACAGUGAAUGUUUAUAGCUUUGAGAAAAAGGUGGAGUGUUUCAGAAAAGGUGAUAAAGGUGAUUUUACAUUCAGAAUUUAUAUUCUGGAGCAGUUAUAUAUAUAAUGUAUCUAAUGCCUGGAAAGAAAUGUACUCAGUUUAUGAAGGAUUACUGGAAUGUAAGAGAAUAUGUACACAGUGUAGGUCGGUGUCCAUAUACCUGGUUAGCAAAUUCCUGAAGCUUGUGCAAAAUUUACAAAUGCAUUUAUUUCAGCUAUGACAAUGCUAGAGAAGUAUCAAUUAAAAACUUAACAUAGUCAUGAGGCUGGAAAAUAGAAAUUUGAAUCUGAAGCAACAAACAAAUCACAAUGACGAGCAUCUUUCAUUUGCAUAGUUUACAUCUCCUUUAGCAGAAGAUCUCUUUUGCAUCUGUUUGUUGGCUCAGGUCUUUUAAUGCUAGACACUCUUCUACCACUUCAUAUGACACAGUUUAUAUCAGGGCUCAAACACGCCAGAGAGAGAGAUGAAGGCUGCUCACAUUGUACUUUUUUUAGCACCUCUAAUAGGAUCUACAACAUGCCUGUUAUUUAGGCAAUAUGUUUUUGUGGACAGUUAUUCGCCUUGGCUUGUCGCUCAGACAUACUGCAGACAAAAAUAUGAUGACCUUGCAACUAUUGACAGCCAAGAAGAACUAAACAGAUUCAAAACUGAUGUAACAGAUCUUUCUAUUCGAAGCUGGACUGGACUUUUCAAGAACCCGAAUCAGAUGGACUACACUCGGUGGUCUGAUGGAACUGUAUUUGUAUUUGGCCAAUGGCAAGCCGGUAAACCAGAAAGCAGGGCUACUGAACAUUGUGUUUCUAUAGAGUCUGCUCAGUUAAAUGAUUAUCAUUGUUCAUCGAGUCUUCCAUUCAUAUGCUACACAUGGCAGCCUACAUUAAUCAUGGUGCAAGAUCUGAAGACCUGGUACGAGGCACUGGUUCAGUGCAGAACACAGUACACUGACCUGAUCAGCCUGAGCACAGACACAGAUCUCUUUCAUGUCAAUAAGAAAAUCAGCAACAUUCAGAACGUUACUUUGUGGACUGGUCUGAACUUUUUGGAUGGCUCAUGGUUUUGGGUGAACAACGAGACUGUGACAAACCUAUUCUCGCUUGUUUCAUGUCCCAUCCAACCUUUCCGUUGUGGAGCAAAAGUUGGAGUUGGAGGUGUCUUGGAGAAUGCAGACUGCAUGAAGAAAAUGAACUUCAUGUGCUACCACAUACAAGGGGGAAGUGGUCAAAACCGAUCAAGAUAAAGAAGAAAAAAAAGAGAGAUUUGUGAUGUUGACUUUAAUUCUAAAUGUUUGUGUGUGUGUGUGCAUGUGAGAGUGUUAGUAAGUUAGUGAGUGAGCAACAACAAUGCGAAUUGAAUUCAUAUAAAAUGAAUCAUAAAAUUUAGUUAGCAAAUCUUUCCUUGAUAUUUCUUGUCAUUUAUAUAUCUUGUGUUAGACAUAUUUUCCUAAUCUGUAAUAAAUAAUAUUAGCAUGUAUAAAUUCCUAGAUUGGCUAUUAUUUAGUGUGUAUUAUAUUAUAAAUGUUGAAUAAAAUUAGCAUGAAUGACCAGUACCAUUAUUGUUUAAAGCAAUCAUGUAAACAUUAAGCACAUUCCACUAGCCCUCUUUUCUCUCCCUCUCUCUCCCUCUCUCUCCCUCUCUCUCUCUACUGUUACAAAACACUUACACCUUCCAUAAAUGUUAAAAUAAAUGAGCACAGUAAAAUUAACAUACGAUUUAUAUUACAGCCGAGAAAAGGAUUCUGAGCCUCGCUGUAAUUUAUAAGAAUAAUGUACAGUAUACUUACAGACCAAUCAGAUCUGAGCUGCCAUGCUGUGGUAAACAGGUACGAUGUAAUCAGUAACAGAAACUAACCUCCAUGUUGUCCUAACCUUUACCCUCAAGACUCCUUCAUAAAAAAGACAACUUCAUCUUAUGAAUAGUUAAGAAUAGUUUUGGUUCGCUUUUGUUUUUGUGAACAGUAGUUUAUAGAACUGUAGUCAAAGAAAGAAAAAUUAUGAGAAAGUGAUGAGAUUAUAGAUAUAAGCAGAUCAAAGUAAAAAAAAAAGUGUAUUGAUGUACAACACUAAAACAAACA